UAUUCAUUUGUCAAUUGAAAAUUUAUUUACAUGUUUAAGUCCGAUGAGGUAAACAUUUUCUCGGGUCAUGUUAUCUAGGGUCAUUAAAUGUGUCGGGGAGACUUUUAUCGGAUGGAUUUUAAUCAGUGUGGAAGUUACAGAUUUGUAGUUUUAUGGCAAACGAAUAUUUGCAAUACAAAUGGCGGCUGUGGUUCCAGGCAGUGGAUGUGAGACAAGAUGGUAAAAUACACCUGGAAGACAAGUUAGAAGAAGGGGAAAGGUUUGCUGAAAGUCAUCUUUUCGAUCUGAAACAGAAGAAGAAGUUGCAACAAAACCUGAAAUUGAUGUAUAAAGAUUACAUCUUUCGAGGAAAACGAAGUGCUAUAACGGAACAAGAGUUUGUUGACAUGAACAGCAAAGAUUUCCAAGCCAAUCAAAAGGCGUUUGGAGAGAAAAUGCAAAAGUGUGGUGACGUUAUCUAUUCUAUUUAUGAUAUUAACGGAAAAUGUUUUCUGACUGAGGAUGAAUUUGUGUUUGCUGCAACAUCUGGGACUUAUGAAUAUAUCGACCAAGUGAAAGCAAUAUUUAGAGGAGAAAAACAGGUAAAUGGGAAGGUUCCAAUCAAAGUGUUGACGCAGGCGUGGGUCCUUUUCUCAACUAGUGAGGACAGUUCGAAACUUGAUAUCAUUAAGCUUGGUCUAGAAUCGUCGCUUGGUCUGUCCCAUAAGAUCAGUCUGUAACUAUAUAUGUUUUCUUUCAGAAAAGAUGGUAUUCGGUUUAUUCCACAUGUAGUGAAGUGAAAGUGAAAAAAAAACAUGAUUUGCCUUCUUUUAUCAACUACUUAACAUAUGCAUAGAUUAAAACAGAUCAGUAGAAAUUCAUGUCAAAUCUGAAAUUUAUUAAUUAUAACACGACCAGUUUAUGCUUUGUCUUAUAAUAAAUGGACUUCAAAACUAAUAGAUUUAAAUAGAAAUCUUUAUCAGGAGAAAAAUCAAAGCAGACACUUGUCAAAUAUUAAAAUUUAAACAUGAUGCUUCAUAUGUGUUUUAUUUUCUUAGUUUCUGUAGAUUACCGGAUAAAUGAUUUAUUUCCGUUUGAGCGAAAGCUAAUUAGGAAAUAUGGAAUUUUAAGUUUUAUUGAAUACACUUAUCAUUAAACAACAUGUUUUAGUAUGAAAAUGUUUUUACAUUAAAAAACAAAAACAUUACAACAUGUUUCCUCUAUAUUGACGUCAAAUGUUGCGUGCUUCAGGUGUUUAUCAGUCAAGCUGUUACAUGUGGCCAUGAAUGUUCCAUGUUGUUAUAGUGUACAUGUAUAUGUU